UAUAUAUUCUUCACAUAUUAAAUAUUUGUGUCUAGCUACACAUAUCUCCCUUCUCAUAAUUCUCUCUCUUGAUCACCACCAAGCCAAGAUUCACCAACAAUAAAUGGGAAUUGGGAAUAAAAAAAACGAAGUAAGAAGUAUUCACGACCAAAAAAGCAUUUUCUUACCCAUGUUUUGCCGCUUAUCCAUCAAAGACCUCAAGCUCAACACAAUUCCCAUCUCCGCCGCCGCCGCUGAACCCACCUCUCCCAGAGUCAGCUGCAUUGGCCAAGUCAAGCGCAAUAGCCGCGUCACCGCCCACAAACACUCCAAUCCCAGAAAAAGCACACACUUCUCCACCAAAACCCUUCUCCCUGCCACCUCAGGCCGGAAAAGUGAGAGGCUGAGAGAUUCGAGAAGAGCGGUGGGGAAUCAAGAACUAUGCGGUGUUAAGGCGAAGUUGGAUAUUAGCAACAUGGAUCCGCCGUUGCCGGUGGUGAAGACGGCGGCGGCAGAGGUGAAUUUGUGGAAGAGAAGAUUUGAUGGGGUGAAAAGCAUGCAUAUUCAGCCCAUUCAUUUGCCGCCCAACAAAUUUCAACCGCCGCCGCCGAUCACAGUAUGAUAUUAUAUGUUCACACCCACAAUAUUCACAGAUUCUCAUUUCAAUCUUUUGCUAUAUAUAGUUUUAAUUUAGAAUAUACUAUACAAUUGAUCAAUGUAUAAUGGAUCGAAUAAUUCAGUUUGGAGAUUUUCAUGUAAAUGAGUUCAUAAUACUACUACUACAUUUUCUUUUCUU